GGCUCCUCCAGACGGGGGCACGAAUCGACCGUUCCUUCCUUUGCGCCCUCGCCCGCGGAGCUGUUCGAUCGCGGCCAACGUUCCGCCGGAGGAAGGAAGUCCUCGAGCCCUCGAGAGGGAUCAGCACGCUCUUCGGGUGGCAGCGCGUUCUUCUCUCACAUCUUCUGCUGUCGCCCGGAGUUCCACCCUUUCUUCUCGCACUCGAUUUUUCUCACCCCGUCGGGAGUCGCUGUAAGAGCGAGAUGGAGGGCAAAAAAGUCGAGCAGUUUUACUCUCCGCCGCCAAAGCUUGGGAAAUGGGAGGGCUUCCGCGUCUUCCUCUGGAACUCCGAAACGGGACAAUUCCUGGGCCGCACUGGCGCUAGUUGGGCUAAAAUUUUGCUGUUCUACGUAAUUUUCUAUGCCGUCCUGUCCGGCUUCUUCGGUGCGAUGCUCGCUGUGUUCUAUCAGACGUUGGAUCCGAACGCACCGAAGUGGCAGCUAGAUAAUUCGCUGAUUGGCAGCAAUCCGGGUCUCGGUUUUAGGCCUAUGCCUCCUGAAAGCAACGUCGAAAGUACUUUGAUUUGGUACAAGGCUAGCGAUGAGGGUAAUUAUCUUCACUGGACCAGAGAAUUGGACAAAUUCUUGGAAGAAUAUCAAAGAUCACCGGGUGCGAACUAUGAGAGAGUAAAUUGCGAUUACGGUAGGCCAGCACCACCAGGCAAAGUUUGCGAUGUAGACAUGGCGAGUUGGGGACAAUGUACGAAGCUCAACAAAUAUGGUUUUAGCAGAUCCGCGCCUUGCAUUUUUUUGAAACUGAAUAAGAUUUUUGGAUGGGAACCGAAAUUUUAUAACAAUACUAAAGAUUUGCCGGCUUUGAUGCCAGCAGAUCUUAAGGAGCAUAUCAGACAAGAAGAAAAAGCCAAUAGACUGGAUACUGUUUGGGUGUCUUGUGCUGGUGAAAACCCUGCCGAUGUGGAAAAUAUGGGUGCAAUUCAGUACAUACCACGUCGAGGUUUUCCUGGCUACUAUUUCCCAUUUAAGAACACCCAAGGAUAUUUGAGCCCUCUUGUAGCUGUGUUCUUCGAAAAGCCCAAGUACGGCGUACUCAUUAAUAUCGAAUGUAAGGCAUGGGCGCACAACAUCAUCCACGACAGAUUUGAGAGACGUGGCUCGGUGCACUUCGAAUUGAUGGUGGACUAAGUCCUGUCAAUUGCCAGAUCAUCAUCGCUACUAACCGCGUCCAAGUAGGAAGCCGCAAGAGAAUAGAACAGAAAGAAGACAUUUCUUUUUUAACCUGCCUCGUUGGCCGACCGCGAUCACACCCUGUACCAUCCGGUUUUCUCUCUGCCCGACGAUACCGCUCCGGAUUAGCCUUACUUCUUCUCACUAUCAUCAUUUCAUCAGCUCAUCGUCUUCGUCGUACUUACAACGAUUGUAACAGCGUUAUCCAUCUAUCAUGUCAAUUGCCAAGAGAAGGAUACAAAAGGGAAAAAAAGAAAAAGGGAAGACGAGAGAAAGAAAUAAAGAGAAAGGAAAAAGAGAAACUGAACAAAAGGGAAUAGCAACACAAACAAGAAAAUGAACUCAACGAAGCAAUCAACUACAAUCGAGAUGCACAAAACUAAACGGGAGGGAAGAAAGG